UCCCACAAGGAAGGACGUGCAUCGGGACGGGGACGGGUUUUCUAUUAGGUGGAUCAGAUUAAUGCUAAUUAAUAUACCCACGGCUGCGUUAUUUUUAAAGAAGGGAGUCGUGGAGGAGAGAAGAUAAAAGACGAGAAGAUGAAAAGUCAUGACAUAUUAAUGAUUCAAACCGUAUGCCGGGGCUGGCAGAACAGAAAGUAUUAUGAAUAAUUCAGACGAGACAGGAUUUUCCUUGCAAGGUCGGUGAACGUAACAGGGCUGGAUUUGGGAGGCUCGGCUCGUGCUCUCCGGCACUGCCCAGUGAGCUCCCUCCGUCCGCAGGCUGCCGAGGAGCAAAGCCCCUGCGGGGGCUCACCGCGGAGUCCCCCCACAACUGCUGGGAAGAGUUAAGGCUGCAUCUCGGUGCCAAAUGCAUUAAGGGCUGCUUUGGAGCCCAGGUCCCGUGGGAACGGGCAGGGCGAGGAGGCAGCGAUGCCGUAGGCGGCCGGCGAGAGACCGGGAUUUCUCCGAAAAUGGCUUGAAGGAGGAGGGCUGCUUUGGAAGAUGCACGACCCCCGCGAGGAUGGCAUGGAUUUAGGGAGCGACGCCGGCAGCAGCCGCUCCAGCUCCGAGUCCAACUCGAGCAAAGUGACGCCGUGCUCCGACUGCAAGUCCUCGCCGUCCCCCAGCAGCCUGGACCUGGCGGCGCUGGGCGACUCGGAGGAGGAGGAAGAGGAGGAGGAGGAGGAGGAAGAAGAAGAGGAAGAAGAAGAGGAGGAGGACGGGGGCUCCCUGCCCUCCCCGCCGCCUCCCUGCCGCUCCGCCGAUGCCCUCCGCCGCUCCUCGCCCGCUCCCCGCAGCGGCUCCCCCGGCUCCUUGAAGCGCCCCCCCCCCGGCGCCCCCCAGCCCGGAGCCCCCCGGCCGCGGCCGCACCAGCGCCCCCCGCCGCUUCCCCCCCCCCAGCAGCAACGGGGGGGAGCCGGGGGGGGAGCGGCGGGGCCGGGAGGGGGGCGCCGGGGGGCUCGGAAAGGCUCCGGGGGGCUCCGGGGGAACGGGGCGCAACCCCCCCGGGACCCGCAGCCCCCGGCCAUGGACUGGGCGGCCCUGGAGAGGCACCUGGCGGGGCUGCAGUGCCGGGAGCAGGAGAGGGGGCAGCGGGCGAACCCCGCUUCGGCGCAGAAGAAUGAGCGCGAGUCCAUCAGGCAGAAGUUGGCACUGGGCAGCUUCUUCGACGAUGGCCCGGGACUGUACACCAGCUGCAGCAAGAGCGGCAAGCCCAGCCUCUCCUCCCGGCUCCAAAGCGGGAUGAACCUGCAGAUCUGCUUCGUGAACGACAGCGGCAGCGACAAGGACAGCGACGCCGAUGACAGCAAGACAGAGACCAGCCUGGACACGCCUUUGUCACCCAUGAGCAAGCAGAGCUCUUCCUACUCCGACAGAGACACGACCGAGGAGGAGUCCGAGUCCCUCGAUGACAUGGAUUUUCUCACCAGGCAAAAGAAACUCCAAGCCGAAGCCAAAAUGGCCUUGGCUAUGGCAAAGCCCAUGGCCAAAAUGCAGGUGGAGGUGGAAAAGCAGAACAGGAAGAAAUCUCCGGUAGCUGAUCUUCUGCCACAUAUGCCUCAUAUAAGCGAAUGCCUGAUGAAGAGGAGCUUAAAACCCACUGAUUUGAGAGACAUGACUAUCGGGCAGCUACAAGUGAUAGUCAAUGAUCUCCACUCACAGAUAGAAAGCUUGAACGAGGAGCUGGUGCAGCUGCUGCUCAUCCGGGACGAGCUGCACACGGAGCAGGACGCGAUGCUGGUGGACAUUGAGGACCUGACCAGACAUGCCGAGAGCCAGCAGAAGCACAUGGCAGAGAAGAUGCCGGCAAAGUAAACCGAGACGCCGUCAGAGCAGAGAUGGAGCUCGCCUGUCCUUCGCUUCUGUGUCUGUACAAAUGCUGAUGUCCACGGUGGCGCACCAGAAAAUCAGUGUUAGUCAUUGGUCGUGUCCGAAGCUUUAUGUCCGGUGAUUGGCCUCUGCUUCUUAAUUUAUUUUAAUUUUUUUACUCGUGCCACUAAAUAUCAGGCAUUUUAAUAAUAUUAUUACAGAAAAUGUACAGUACUUAUAACAUUAUAAAUCAUGGAUGAGAAGAGAGGGUAGUUUAACUUUAUUUUUGGUUGCUUAGAGAUUUUAAGUUGAACAAUAUUUUACCAUUGACUACUUUUUUAUCCUUCACUGUAGUUUUAAAUAAAGAGACUGUACUUGACGGUGCUAUACAAGUCAAAAAAUACAUGCCUGCCUCGUAGUGAAGUUGUAGCUUUCAGUAAUAUGUACAUUUUAAUCAGUUUUCAACAUUUUGUGAAUGUUGACUACCUGACAUUCAUUUUUAGAUGUGCUAUUAACAUUCAGUUGGAUUCAAAGAGUUACCUUGGAAGUUUUAUGUAUAAAGAUGUAAAAUAAAAAUUUAAAAAAUUGUUUCAUAUGAUAUGUCUUUUUGUUGACUAGUGGUUGACUUGGUGAUGCACCAGUAAUGUACUCGUCUAACUAAAUGUGCAAUUCCUAAUUUGCCAUCACCAGAAAGAGCCUUUUUUGCCGAUCACAUAAAACUAUGGAGAGAAGACAGGAUUUUUGUAGAGUUAUUUAUUUGUAAGUUCAUAAUGUAUGUAUGACAUGGACUUAAGAUAUUCUUCUAUAAUAACAUUCACCGGGCCCUAAUAUUGUGACUAUUGUUAGAAUCAGCAGGCACAUACAGUAGAUGUUUUUAUAUUUUAUUGUCUGGGCUAAAUAUUUAAAUGACUCACCAGUGUCAGAAAUAAUAAUAAUAAUAAAAGAAAGAAAUCUAUGUUAAAAAUCUAAGCGGCAUAUUAAAUGUAUUAUAUAUGGUUGUUGCUCACCUCUGCCUUUGGGCUGGCCUCACGUCUGCUAUCCGUCCCCAUCACCGUGCUGUCUGCUGUGCCCCCCUCUGCUGCCCCCCACGUUUUUAGGAGGAUGGGCACUGGGCGAGCUGGGAGCUCUGUCUCCAGCCUUAAUUUCUCUGUCCCAGGGCCGGAGCAGGGCCCCAGCUCCCACCCCAGAGCUGGCCACGGCCAGGAGCAGAGAGCUCCGCUGCCUGCAUUUGGAUUUUUUUCCUCGGUGUCAAAUUCCUCGUAGCCAAGUGUUGGGCUGACGACUUGUUCAGGGUGUUUGCAGCAAGGCGAGAGCUGCAUUAGAUUUCCAUCCCCUGCCAUAAAUGUGAUUUACAGAAACGAUUUAUUUUUUUUUCCCCUUCUUUCUCAGAAGUGGUGCAGGCCGGGUUGUGAGUGCCAGCCCUGCAGGGCUGGAGUUUGGGCCCUUUGGGGCUGCCUUGCCUUGCCGAGGUGCUUUCCGAGCCCGCUCUGACAGCAAGAUGCUCGCCUGCAGGCUGGCAGCGUAAACUCCGCUCAUUUCACUUGCGUUUUUGGAAUCUAUGCAGAAAAAAAAAAAAAA